GUUGAAGUUGGGCGCCGGGAGGAAAUCCUGCGCGCCGAGGGCGGUGAGGAGCCGGCCCGGCUGCACGGAGCGCUGGGUGCCCCGGCCCCGGAGGCGGUCAGGACCCGGUUGGAUGCGGCCGUGGGCAGCUGGGUUGGUGGGGGCAGCCCUGCCUGCCUGCAGCGAGGGUGGGACCGAGAAGACUGAGUUCCCUUCCAUCCCAGUUCCGCGGUUAUGACAGUUCCUUCGGACUGCUUUUUCCUUAUGUGUGUGGAACGGUUUGGCCAAAACCCUUUUUUUUAUAGCAAGUCUUCACGUGCAUUGCUAGAAUGCUAACUUUUUUCUUAUGCAAACCUGCUGUUUGUAUAUGUUUUGUGUACCCCAUACACCUGCGUGUUAGCAACACUUACCCGUCUUUCAUUUCCAUGGAUCAAUACUGAUAUUCCUAUAGUCACCCCCUCAGUGUGUGCUUGUAGGACUGGGCUGUGACUUCCAUGAGGUUGGUAAGGCUGAGAGCAGUAAGAGAGAAGAGGAAGAGAGGGCCACAGCUUGAACUUCUCCCCAGUGCUUGAGGAUGUUUCCUCUAGGUCACCUCUAGGCCAUCUCUUCCAUAUGUGCUGCUAAGAUUGCUUCAAAUCCCACCUCGUGCUUCUUGGCUGUUAACAUGAGCAGGUUCUGUUCUGCUUAGAUAUAACGUAAAGGCGCUGUGUUCUGGCGAAAGCAUGCUGCAUGGAGAGCUGAAUUAUGCGGUAGGGGCUGCUUAGGUGGCAAGAAGAAAACGAUUCUCUUAGGGCUGUCCUGGGCAUGCUUUCCUUUUUGUGAGCUGGGGCAAAAGGGUGACAUGCAGACAGGCAGUCUGUGUGUACUGCCUGUGUUUGUGGGCACAGUGCCCCAGUGGCUCUUCUCUGUGUUUAAAAGCAGUUAAAGUGGAGCUGAAAUCAAUGAAGCGCUGUCUUGUUCCUUGGAAAGCAAUACAGAACCUUGCUACAAAAGCAGAACAGCACAGCACCGUGUGUGGAGCAGUGUGUAGUUUUAACUAAGUACGUUCCUUGGAUAAGUGAUUAAAAGGAUUCCUUAGCUACUGCAAAGCAAAAAGAUGCAAAGUUAUCUUCAGUUCCAUGUACUUAUUCAGCCUGCACGUAGUGGGUCUGCACUAUGAAGAGCUUGAGUGCCGUAUGAAGUGCUCUUCUGACUGGUGUUUGAAAAGCAAUGGGCUCUCAGGUAUCAGAGUUGCAUUUAGGAGCGUUACUGCCAUGGAAGGACUAUGUGGGAAUUGUCUUUACUUAAACACUGGGCAUAUAAUGAACAGUGGAGAACGGUUGUCUGUGUAACUGUGCAUUUAUCAAACUAAAUGCUGUUUCUCCCCUUCAGUUUUUAUUCUCCUCCAAGCAAAAAACCCCUUCAGGCUCCUUCAUGCCACUGCAAUUGCCUGAAUUAGAGAUUCCAUGUGUAUAAGAAAAGGUGACAAAAAUGCACCUAAGUGAUAUUGUACUCGUGAAUUUCCCUUUUAAGCCUUGACGUGUGUGGAUGUGGAUGUUUGUGCCAGGAGUGAUUUUGGAGAUGUGACUGUAGAGUGUCCUUAGAGCAUUUGCUGUUACAGGGAGAGUUGUGUGUCUGAUUCAUACAUGUAUUCAAGGUGUUCAUGUUAGUUUGGAAAACCUUUGUGACAAAAUGCAAAGCAUAAAAAGAUGGUGUAAGAAAAAACAUAGGGAAAAUCGCUGAAAUUCUGAGGGAACUAAAACAGUUUAGAAGGUUGUAUUCAAUUCUUAAUCCUGCUCUCUGACUAAAACUUCUCAUGGUGUAAGUGGAGGUGUGAGAAGUGCAUAAAUCCCCGUAUAAACUGGGAUUUGAGCUUUUGGCCCAUUUCAGUGUGUGGUCCGUGUGCUGACACUGGUUUGGAAGAGAGCUGGCUGGUUGCACUCAGCAUGCAGAUACUCAGCAUGCAGAUACUCAGCAUGGCAGCUGAGCCCAUUGGGAUUAGUUUCCCUUGCUGAUUUGCCCCAGGCUAAGUACAGACUCUGUGGAUUAGUUGCUGUGCUGUACCUUAGCCCUCUGAGGAAGCUUGCAUUUGUGUGUGUGCCCUCAGGAGCGUGGUUACCAUCGCUGUGUGUAAUGCUUCCUGUUGGCAUAGGGCAUAAAAAGAAGAGAAAGUAAUCUGCUGGGCCGCACCAAAGUGUAGAAAUGCCAGUGAUGAAAGGGAUAUAAGAAGAAAAAGAUGACUCCUGGAGAAGCAGUACAAAGAAAACCCCGUCCAGCUAAGCAGGAGCUCAGUACGCUUGCUGCUUAUGGGGCUCCUGCUUUAAAAUGAUACUGGUAGCAGAAACCUGUUGGACUUCAUUCAGAAAUAGCCAAUAGGUGUUAAACGCAGUAAGUCUGCUGUUAAAGCUGAGCUGGUUCAUGAGAGCAGUGCUCUGGCUGGCUUGGUGGUGCAGGUCAGUGGGCAUAAAACACGGGCAAGUUGUGUAAAGUCUGGCUGCUUCCUGAGGAUGCCCUUGGAGGGCGCUUCUCCAGUGCUGUGUUUGCUUACUGACAGUGGGCAGGCUUGAAAACCAAAGUAAAUGAGUAAGCCCCGUACCAUCAUUAAUGAAUGAACAAUGUGUUUUAAAGGACAAGGCAGGUGUCCUGAGAGUGAACUUGGAUCUGUAAGAAAAUGUAUCGUUUUGAAAGUUAUUUCUGUCAAAUUGGUAUCUAAGCAGGAGAGAUAGAGAGCGUAGCUGUUAGCAUAUAAAUAAAUGGCUGAAUUCAGUGCCUGAGUUCUUCUGUAUUCAAUAUGCAUCUGUAGCUCUCAGUCUGGGGCAUUGCUGAUAUACGUAUGGGAUCUCUGAAGCUCUCAUGUGAUUAUUUGGUUAUUUAGGAGGCAGAGUGAACACCAGUAACUGUUCUGAAGACAAGAGUAAUUAACCAUGUGUGUACGUGAACCUUUUGGGACGGUUAAAAGAGGAAAAUGGUAAAAAGCUUGUGAGGCCUAAGAUGUGGAGUGCUGUUACUGGGCCAGCACAAGGAGGACUUCGUUAUGAUUGCUCUCUUAUUAUUUUUCCAUUCAUUUUGCUGCUAAGCUUGUAGCAUUUUGUUAGGCCAAGUCUCACGGGGCAGAAAGGAGCACAUUCAGUCUGUUGGUGUCCUCAAGGCAUAGUGAAGCCAGGGGUGCAGGGUGAAGCAGGAAGCACUGCAACCCAGUGUUGAGGUUGGGGAGCACCUUGGGGUGAAGGAUGUCUUGUGGCUGUGAGCAAACCUGUUCAAUGAUGGUUCUGUGUGGCUGGAAACUGAAAUGAUGCCAUAUUCACAAAAUACAUUCCAGCUCUUGUUUACAGAAAGUGUUUGUUUGUUGGUUUUUUUUCCUGAUAUUAUAAGUAUUGAAUCUUGCUCUUUACCAUGCAUAAUUCUUGUUAAGCUGCUUGUGUGAUAGAUACAUCAGUUUUGUUAACAUGAUGCUAAACUGCUUUCACCUUUUUGGCAUCGUUUUUUAUCCAUUCCUUCCAAAAUCUCCAUCAGACACACAAGUUUCAUGUUUCCUCUCAUUUUCUCACCUCUUUACUUUCUUUGUGACCCUUUGUUUCUUAGGAGACAGUCUUUGUUUUAGGUGGUGGUUUUUCUUUUUAUGCAUCCCUUCCUCCCCCCAGGUGGAUGAUAAAGAAUAUCACACAGAUACUUUAAAACUUCUGGGGCAACAUGAAUCUUAUGUAUUUGUUUAUUUGUUGUGUAGGGAAGGCUUUCAGGAGCUUCCUUCUGUCUUGCUAACCUCUGCUUGAAACAAAUGUUUCAUGACAGAGGUCAUCCGUUGUAUUUCUGCCAGGCAUGAGAAGGUCCAGUAUAUAGAAAAUCGAACCUAGGCAGCUUCAGUCUAAGAGUCAUUUUUAAAUGAGUGCCAUUAUCCCUUCUAACAGAUCCUGGCAUUCUGUUGCUUAUUCUGUAGCAAAGACAUGGCGUGAAGCCUGAAUAUUUGUUAAGAAAUAAUACAUUUUGCUUUGGUUCAACCAUGGUGGUCACUUAUAAUCUUUUUCUUUAAUACUGGAAGAUUUGAAUCUAUUCUGUAAUAUUUUUUUUUUUUAGUAUAAAGGACUUGGGAGAAAGAUGCUGACUGUAGACAUAGAACAGUUAGAAGAGCAGAUGCUUAAGGUUCAUUCAUAAACUCAUAAACAAUGUAGUCGAUAAUUCAGUAACUGAAGAAAUACAUAUAAGAUGUUUUUCAGUAAUGUAACGUGAAAUUUGUUUCAUGGUUUUGUAGUAUCUCCGUGAAGUAAUACAAGCCAGAAGAAUCCUUUAGAAGAACAUUCAAUCUUUCUAUAACUGACUUUUUCAUUUUAUCCUCUUCCAUAAGCAAAAAUUUUAGUUGGAGGCAUUUAUGUAAUAGUCAAUAGUAUGAUACUUAGGGCAUUAAUGGUGCUUUCAUUUAUGCAGCUACAGCUGUAGAUUUGGAUGUGUUGGCAUUUGGGUGUCACAUGCAGUAGGUUUGCCUGCUCACCUUGAUCUUUCUUCUCAGAGGUGGUGGCAGCGAUGAUAAUUGUGAUUUCCUCUCAACAGCUGCAUGUUCAGAGGCAUCUGUGCAUGAGAAGUUUGUUCUAUGGCCUCGGAGCUGGGUGCCAGGGAGGAUGGCAGCUGCUCAGAGCUGGCAAAGCCUCUUUAUCUGCAGUACCUGGAGAAAGCUCUGCGAUUGGAUCAGUUUUUACGACAAACGUCUGCCAUCUUUAACAGGAAUAUAUCCAGCGAUGAAAGUGAGGAUGGAUUGGAGGACAAUCCUUUGUUGGCUCAAUCUGGGGAUCCUCUGAUGCAAGUUAAAGAAGAGCCUCCAAAUGCUUUGCUUGGGGAAUCUUCUGGAGUAGGGAAUUCUGGAGUGCUGAACACACAUUCCCUGAACGGAGUACUGCAGCCAGAGCCAAAGUCUGAAAAAGGGAGCUUGUAUAACUUUUCUAAACUGAAGAAAAGCAGAAAGUGGCUGAAGAGUAUCCUGCUGAGUGAUGAUUCCAGUGACACAGAUUCUCCAAGUGAUGAGGAUGGAGAGGAUGAAGAAUUUUCUCUUUCAAGGGAGGAGCUUCACAAUAUGCUGCGAUUACACAAAUAUAAGAAACUACAUCAAAGCAAAUACAGCAAAGACAAAGAGUUGCAGCAAUACCAGUACUACAGUGCAGGACUGCUGUCUACAUACGAUCCUUACUAUGAGCAGCAGCGCCACCUGCUAGGGCCCAAGAAAAAGAAGUUUAAAGAAGAGAAAAAAUUAAAAGGAAAGUUGAAAAAAGUAAAGAAAAAGAGGAGACGGGAUGAAGAUCUCUCUUCAGAGGAGUCUCCAGAACACCACCAUCACCAGACCAAAGUUUUUGCCAAGUUUUCUAAUGACACACCACCACCCGGGUCCAAGAAAAAGCAUAUGUCUAUUGAACAACUUAAUGCUCGUCGGCGAAAAGUGUGGCUUAGCAUUGUUAAAAAGGAAUUGCCAAAGGCGUACAAACAAAAAGCAUCAGCGCGCAACCUUUUCCUUACCAACAGCAAAAAGCUUGCUCAUCAGUGCAUGAGGGAGGUACGUCGAGCUGCUCUCCAGGCCCAGAAGAACUGUAAGGAAACUCUACCACGGGCACGUCGUCUUACCAAGGAGAUGCUUCUCUAUUGGAAAAAAUAUGAGAAGGUAGAAAAAGAACAUCGUAAACGGGCUGAGAAGGAGGCUCUGGAACAGCGCAAGCUGGAUGAGGAGAUGAGAGAGGCUAAAAGGCAGCAGAGAAAACUUAACUUCCUGAUCACACAAACUGAAUUAUAUGCCCAUUUUAUGAGUCGUAAGCGAGAUAUUGGGCAUGAUGGAAUACAGGAGGAAAUCCUACGCAAACUGGAAGACAGCUCUACCCAAAGGCAGAUUGAUAUUGGAGGGGGAGUGGUGGUCAACAUCACCCAGGAAGAUUAUGAUAGUAACUAUUACAAGGCCCAAGCUCUGAAGAAUGCUGAGGAUGCUUACCAGAUUCAUCAGGCCAGGACUAGAUCAUUUGAUGAAGAUGCAAAGGAAAGUCGAGCAGCUGCUUUACGGGCUGCUAACAAGUCUGGUACUGGCUUUGGAGAGAGCUACAGUUUAGCAAAUCCAUCUAUCCGGGCCGGGGAAGAUAUUCCACAGCCUACUAUUUUCAAUGGAAAACUGAAAGCUUACCAACUGAAAGGCAUGAAUUGGCUGGCAAACCUAUAUGAGCAGGGCAUCAAUGGAAUCCUGGCAGAUGAAAUGGGUUUGGGUAAAACAGUACAAAGUAUUGCUCUCCUUGCACAUCUGGCUGAAAGAGAGAACAUCUGGGGACCUUUUUUAAUAAUCUCACCUGCAUCUACUCUUAACAACUGGCACCAGGAGUUUGCCAGAUUUGUUCCUAAAUUUAAGGUGCUACCUUACUGGGGAAAUCCCCAUGAUAGAAAAGUCAUCAGGAAGUUCUGGAGUCAGAAGACAUUAUAUACUCAGGAUGCUCCUUUCCACGUGGUGAUUACCAGUUAUCAACUGGUCGUGCAGGAUGUGAAGUAUUUCCAGCGCGUGAAGUGGCAAUAUAUGGUGCUGGAUGAAGCACAAGCACUCAAGAGUAGCUCCAGUGUUCGCUGGAAGAUCCUACUGCAGUUCCAGUGUCGAAAUAGAUUGUUAUUGACGGGGACCCCAAUCCAGAACACAAUGGCUGAGCUGUGGGCCCUGCUGCAUUUUAUCAUGCCAACAUUGUUUGAUUCCCAUGAAGAGUUCAAUGAGUGGUUUUCUAAGGACAUAGAAAGUCAUGCAGAGAACAAAUCUGCCAUUGAUGAAAACCAGCUAUCCCGGUUGCACAUGAUCCUGAAGCCUUUCAUGUUGAGAAGAAUCAAGAAAGAUGUGGAAAAUGAGCUGUCAGAUAAGAUUGAGAUUCUUAUGUACUGCCAGCAGACAAGUCGACAGAAGCUGUUGUAUCAAGCUCUGAAAAAUAAAAUCUCUAUCGAUGACCUCUUGCAGUCCUCAAUGGGCACUACACAGCAAGCACAGACCACUACUAGUAGUCUCAUGAAUCUAGUCAUGCAGUUCAGGAAGGUGUGCAAUCACCCAGAGCUAUUUGAGCGACAAGAAACUUGGUCUCCAUUUCACAUCUCCUUAAAGCCAUACCCAAUUUCAAAGUUCAUCUACCGUCAUGGACAGAUCAGGGUCUUCAACCACUCACGAGACAGGUGGUUACGGGUUUUACUUUCGCCAUUUGCACCAGACCACAUCCAGCAGUCUCUCUUCCAUAGGAAGGGCAUCAAUGAAGAAAGCUGUUUCUCUUUCCUCCGGUUUAUUGAUGUCUCGCCAGCAGAAAUGGCAAACCUCAUGAAUCAGGGACAUUUAGCCAGAUGGUUAGCUCUUUUCCUGUCUCUGAAAGCCUCCUACAGGCUCCAUCAUUUGCGUUCCUGGGUGGAACCAGAAGAAGAGAAACAGCAGGACUCACACUGUCUAAAGAACAAGGAUUUCUUGCUUGAUGUAAAUUUCCCACUGUCUUUCCCUAACUUGCACAGCUGCACUUUGCUGCAGAACCUGGUGUUCAGUAGCCACUGUAAAGCAGUUACUGGCUAUUCAGAUCAUGUCAUACAUCGAAGGAGAUCAGCUACCUCAUGUGUACGGUGCUGCCAGGUGACUGAGCUGCCAUCCUUCCUGUGCAUAGCCAGUCCACGGGUAACAGCUGUGCCACUGGAGUUCUACUGCAAUGAUCGAAGUGCAGAAUACGAGCGCAGAGCACUGAGGGAAGGAGGAAGUCUUGAAGCAAAGCAGUGUUUAGUCAAUGGAGCCCCUGAACUAGCAGCUGACUGGCAGAAACAAAGCUCCCAGUUCUUCCCAGAAUAUCCAGGAGGACUGUUGGGAAUCAGGCCUCAGAAUGGCUGGUCAUUCAUCAGGAUACCAGACAAGGAGAGUCUGAUCACUGACAGUGGAAAACUUCAUGCUCUUGAUCUUCUGUUGACACGGCUGAAAUCUCAAGGGCACAGAGUUCUUAUCUACUCUCAGAUGACGCGGAUGAUUGACUUACUGGAGGAAUACAUGGUUUAUAGGAAGCAUACCUACAUGAGAUUGGAUGGUUCUUCAAAGAUUUCUGAACGAAGGGAUAUGGUAGCGGAUUUCCAAAACAGGAAUGAUAUUUUUGUGUUCCUGUUAAGCACAAGAGCUGGAGGCCUGGGCAUUAACCUUACAGCUGCAGAUACGGUGAUUUUCUAUGACAGUGAUUGGAACCCAACAGUAGACCAGCAAGCCAUGGACCGGGCGCAUAGGCUGGGACAAACAAAACAAGUCACUGUGUACAGAUUGAUAUGUAAAGGCACCAUUGAGGAGCGCAUUUUACAAAGAGCUAAGGAAAAGAGUGAGAUCCAACGAAUGGUAAUUUCAGGUGGCAAUUUCAAACCUGACACUUUGAAGCCAAAAGAGGUGGUCAGUCUUCUACUAGAUGAUGAAGAACUAGAAAAGAAAUUGCGUCAGCGUCAAGAAGAGAAGCGACAGCAAGAAGAAACAAAUCGUGUGAAGGAACGUAAACGUAAAAGGGAAAAAUAUGCAGAAAAGAAGAAGAAGGAGGAUGAGUUGGAUGGGAAGAGAAAGAAAGAGGGCAUGAACCUUGUGAUCCCAUUUGUUCCCUCAGCUGAUAACUCCAACCUGUCCGCUGAUGGGGAUGACUCCUUUGUUAGUGUAGACUCUGCCAUGCCCAGUCCUUUCAGUGAGAUUUCCAUCAGCAGUGAAUUACAUAUGGGCUCUAUCCCUCCUGAUGAGAGCAGCAAUGAUAUGCUUGUGAUUGUGGAUGAUCCGGCUUCUUCAGCACCUCAGUCAAGGGCAACAAACUCUCCUGCUUCCAUUACUGGCUCAGUUUCAGACACCAUAAAUGGAGUUUCAAUGCAAGAUGCAUCUCUCACUGGCAGAGGCCAGUCAAGUCGAAGCCGCGGUCGUCCUAAAGGAGGGAACGCUGGAUCUAAGGGCACUGGGAAAGGCAGGAGCAGGAAAUCGAUAGCAGGAAGCGCAGCUGCAAUGGCAGGUGCCAAAGCAGGGGCAGCAGCAGCCUCAGCAGCAGCGUAUGCAGCGUACGGGUACAAUGUCUCCAAAGGCAUGUCUUCAAGCAGCCCUCUACAAACAGCAAUUAUUCGGCCUUCUGGACUGACAGAUUUUGGACCUUCAAGCGCCUCUUCUCCUUUGAGUUCACCUUUGAGCAAAGGAAACAGUGUUUGUGGCACCCCCAAAAGCUUAAACCUGACCAGCAGUCUCGUAUCAGAAACUGCCAUUCGGAAGCAAAGCAAAGGUGCCCACACUUCAGGUGGUCGGUAGUAAUUUUGAACCCCCAAAGCUUGUCUAAACUGUGUCGGCUAUUGGAGAAGACCACCCUGCAAGCUGAAGGCAUGCAAAGGAAUGUCUUGUUGCUGUCAUGCACCUGUGUGAAAGGAAAAUCAAAGCACAAUAGGAAUGGGUGGUUUAUGUGAGCACUUUGAUUAUGUGUAUCCCAAAAAAAUUUAUCUUUGCAGACACUGCGAGAAGGAUGGAAAAGGGGGGUCUGGAGUGGCUGAGAGUGUCAGAUGUUGUUUUCUGAUGUGUAUCUGACAAAGAUUCCUAAGAAAGCAUCCAGGUACUCCAUGCAAUAUUCCGAAGCUGCGUGUACUUGAAGUCACACCAGUGUACUUUCUCUCUUGUAGCUUGAGGUGGAACUCAGCUUUAGUUUUCUUCGGUGAAAUCAGUAUCUGAAUGCCAGAGUAAGAAGACAUUUCUGUACUGGGAGCUGGUUGGUGUACAUGCAGGGGGUAACUAGGGGCUAAGCUGAGGAUAUGGUAUGAUCAAAAAAAAUCUUGUAUUCUUCUAGUGUGGACCUCUGGUUGUUUUUGUUUAUUUUUUGUGUUCUUGAAGGUUUGAAAUGCAAAGGAAGGUAUCUCAGGGGGUUUCUGGGGAGUGGACUCGUCAGCACCAUUUGUCAAGAAUAGGAUAAGAACUACAGAGAGCUCUGACAGGUCUAGUGAGAGCAGCAGCACUGUCUCUGCUUUGUACAGUGGAAGAAGCCUCAAGCCAGUGGUUUGGUUUGUCUUUCAAAGUUGUUACCAGCGUGAGCAUUCACUGUACUUAGAAAGAUUUUUCACAUUUUUGAGGUGUGCUGAGCUCUUAAAGGCUCAGGAACGCAAUCAGGCUCUACUUGAACAGAUCUUGAGAGGAGGGAAAGCUGCAGUGCCGAGGAAGAGUUUGCUGCUGUUCCUCUCACUGUGCCAUAGCAGAGUGUGGUUCUGCAGCUAGCAGCUCUGCGAGCGGAGCAUUGAAAAACAGCACUGAGGAAGAGAACUGUGCCAUUCCCCUUUUGAGCCAAAUCCUGGGUAGAAAAUUUGUCUCGUAUCCCAGCCAUCCAUUGAUUGUUCUUCCAGUGUGUUUUCCCUUCAUCUUUGUGCUCAUCAGAUGUACUAGCUUGGUUGAGUUCCCUGCCACGUGCGGGUACUGGUAGCCAUCUCCCGCAGGCUGACAGAAAGCAGGGCUGCCAGUGCCCAUCUGUGUUCUCAUUCUCCUAUUGCUCCUUCUCCUUCCUCAAUGCACAAACCCCCUCUGUAGGCCCUUGCUUUGCUGUAAGCGUUGUCUGCAUUGCACUGAGAUUUAGGUGUGGGGCAGUUCUUCUGUCUGACACGUUGAAUUAAAAGGCUGUUCUGCCGGGGCACUUUCAAUCUGUCAAGAGAGAAGCAAGUUUUGAGUUGCAGGUCUGGGCUGUGACAGCAGAAGAUGACUUAUUAUAAUAUUUUUUUUCCAACCCCAAAUCCUUUGCCUGGCGUCCUACAGUGUGGAGCAAGUGCUUCCUGUUGGCUCUGCCUCUAAUUUGCACACCUGAAAAUAGCAGAACUGAGCUUAGUUAGAUUGAUUUUUAAACAGAUUUGCAGGGGAUAAUUGAGGGAGAGAUUGUGUUUAAUUAACUCAUCGAAGAUUUCUCCCUUCCCCUUGUAUUCACAUGUAUAUAUGAUAGUUAGAGGGAAUCAGACAAAUGCCAAGCCUUUUUUUCUCUUUGAAUGUGCUGUCUAUUUUUAUAACUGAACUUGUACAUAUGUAUAAAGAGAGACACACCUUUCUUUUACUAACUGGAGAAGAAAAUCUUAAAUAAAAUGGAGUGAGAUAAUUUUAUGUAAA